AUGAACAUUGAAGAACAGAGCCGGCUUCUAACGCACGAAGAGAUGAAAGGUCUUUUGGAGAAGUGCAAGCCAAUAAAAAAGUGCACAGAAAUAGAAACAAUGAAAUAUACCGUACAAUCUAUAAUCAGCCAACCGCAUGCACCGCUUGCCCUAAAAGAAAAGCUAUUGGGGUAUGGAAUAACUGAAUUUGAAGCAGUGCAGCUGAUUAAUACUCCAGCACGGAAAAUACUUGAUCUGUAUGUUAUAGUAGAGGAGCUAGAAGAGCGCCUGACAGAAGAGAAUAUAGGAGAAAUAAUUGCUCUUCUUUCUCCAUAUGCAGAAUAG